UGCUGCCCGCCGCGGGCCCCGGGGCGCCGGGGCGCUGAGCAACAGUUGGCCCCGCCGCCGCCCAGCAUGAAAGUGUGCCGGCGGAAGGCGCUGGCGCUGUGCCUGGGCUACGCGCUGCUGCUGCUGCUCGCCGCGCUCAACCUGCUGGAGUACAAGUGGCGGCGGGAGCCGCGGCGCUGCGGGGAGCCCCCGGCAGCCCCCCGGCACCUCCCCCCGCCGCCGCCGCCGCCGGUCGGGAGCCGCGGCCCGGGGGGCGCCCGGCGGCAGCUGGUCUAUGUCUUCACCACCUGGCGCUCGGGCUCGUCCUUCUUCGGGGAGCUCUUCAACCAGAACCCCGAGGUCUUUUUCCUCUACGAGCCGGUGUGGCACGUCUGGCAGAAGCUGUACCCCGGUGACGCCGUCUCGCUGCAAGGGGCGGCCCGCGACAUGCUGAGCUCCCUGUACCGAUGCGACCUCUCCGUCUUCCAGCUCUACAGCACGGCGGGCGCCGGCAAGAACCUCACCACGCUCGGCAUCUUCGGGGCGGCCACCAACAAGGUCAUCUGCUCCUCGCCCCUCUGCCCGGCCUAUCGCAAGGAGGUGGUGGGCAUGGUGGACGACCGGGUGUGCAAAAAGUGUCCCCCGCAGCGCCUCAGCCGCUUCCAGGAGGAAUGCCACAAGUACCACACGCUGGUCAUCAAGGGCGUCCGUGUCUUUGACCUGGCCGUCCUGGCCCCGCUCAUGCGGGACCCGACCCUGGACCUCAAAGUCAUCCAUCUGGUGCGGGACCCCCGGGCCGUCGCCAGCUCCCGCAUCAAGUCCCGGCACGGCCUCAUCCGGGAGAGCCUGCAGGUGGUGCGGAGCCGGGACCCCCACAUCCACCGCAUGCCCUUCCUCGAUGCCGGCCACAAGCUGGGCGGGAAGAAGGAGGGGGGGGGCGGCUCGGACUACCAUGCCCUGGGUGCCAUGGAGGUCAUCUGCAGCAGCAUGGCCAAGACCCUGCAGACUGCUCUGCACCCCCCCGACUGGCUCCAGGGCAAUUACAUGGCCGUGCGCUACGAGGACCUGGUGGUGGAGCCCAUCAAGACCCUGCGGCAGGUGUACGGCUUUGUGAACCUGGCGGUCAGCCCGGAGAUGGAGAAGUUCGCCCUCAACAUGACCAGCGGCCCCGGCUACUCCUCCAAGCCGUUCGUGGUGUCGGCCCGGAACGCCAGCCAGGCGCUGAGUGCCUGGAGGACCGCGCUCAGCUACCAGCAGAUCAAGCAGGUGGAGGAGUACUGCCAGCAGCCCAUGGCCCUGCUGGGCUACGAGCGGGUGGGCAGCCCCGAGGAGGUGAAGGACCUCAGCCGAACGUUGCUCAGGAAGCCGCGGCUGUGACGGGGCAGCGGUGCCGGGGCUGGCGGAGCCCGGGCAGAGGAGCCGCUCCGGCCGCCCUGAGUGAGGGAGGGAGCCGGGAAAAGCAACCUGGGCUCCGAUUUCCUCCAAAGACUGCCGAAGGGUAACAUACAGUAAUGUGAUGAUUUCGUGGGUUUUUUGGUUUUUUUUGGUUAUUUGUUUUGUUUUUUUUUUUACCCGCCCCUUUGCAUUGGGUUAGAUGCGAUUUAAAAAAACAAAAUCACGUGGAACUGAAAAUAUGUGUAAAGCCCCUUCCUCCUUCUGUAAAACGCCAAUAUCUUGUUCAUGAAGUUCUCGUGCGUUUGAAGAUGGUAACAAAAACUCUUGCACAAUUCCUAACACAUCUUUAUCUCCCUUGGUGCGCAGGGGAUGCCCUUGGAAAACAUAAUGCCGAAAAUCAGACUUUUGUAUGAAAGCAAAUGUUCAGACAUGACAGUAAUAAAAUAAAAUAAUAAAUGAUAUUCAUUUUUAUAAUUACCUCAAUUGUUUGGGAAAUACAGUGUUGCUUAUGUACAGCUGGAGGGGAUGCUUGCUUAAAAUAACAACGUGGACUUCUUAAAGGGUAUGGGCGGAGGGCUGGAGUGCAACAUUUGAUGUGUUCAAAGAUCAGGAGCUGCUCUUGCAGAAACAAAUACAGAUCUUGCAAGUGUAGUGCAGGUUUCAUGGCUGUGUCAAAGCAGGUUUCUAUUUAACUAUUGUCUUUUCUGUUGUAUUUAAAAAGUCUUUCAAGUGCCACUGUAUUGGUGUCCUAAGAGUUUAAAAACGUUUGCCAUCGCAGCAGUAUUUAUUUUUGUCUUGACAUGUAUGUCCAGGAGUCACUGUCAAAUAGAAGUGGAUCUACAGCGUGACAAGAAAUGCAGGAUUUAAAAAGGCAUUUAUCAUACUGGAAACAUUAGCAUGUGUGACAACAAAAAUAAAAUUAUAUAUAUUCUAUAUAUUCUAUAGUGCUAACAAAACAUAAGAUGUAAGAUAUUUCUUGACACUGAUUGGUAACAGGCAGAGCAGGGAAGCAUAGAAAAUGCAUAAGAUGAUUUAUUUUUUCCCUUUGUCUGUGUCUGAGGGUAUAUUUAUGUACGAGGAGGGAGGAAAUGUACAGCUGUGUGUUCAUGGCUGUAACAGAGCUUUGAUGGAGCCAGCCCAGCGUUUGAUUUCAGAGCGCUGGUUGGAGACUCGUUGCCUGUGAAUUGUCAUUGCUCUGUGAUGGAGCCAGAUGGUGGUCUGGCUCUUUCUGGGAGCUCUGCCUAGAGUCUGUCCCAUCGUUAAAACUUGAUGAUUAAAAAAAAAAAAGAAAAAAAAGAGAUUUUACUACUUCCGCUUUUGUAAUUUCUUGGAAAAAGUCCUGAUUUAUUAAAGGUUAAGUGGUGUGUUGCAUAUGAAAAGUGCAGGCACCCUAAGUAGUUUUUAAUCUUGGUGUUCUCUGCUGCUCUUUGAAGGCUCAUUUUGGAACUUGAGUUUUUAAACAAACGUAGUUUUGCCAAACUGUUCUCUUAGGAGACUACAGACUUUUCUACAGGAAGUACAUUUUACAUUGCCUAUUUGAGUGUUGUGCCUUCAGAAAAUGUGAAGAGUAUGAGUAGGAAAAAGGAGAUUGAUUUGUGAAAAUAAAUUAAUAUAAACAGGAUGCUGAUACGUGCGUGUGUAUGUGUGGGUGUAUGUGUGAAAAUUUUAGUGAUGUGUAAUAUGUCUAUUUCUUGUAACUCAAGUUAAACAGCUGAUAACUGGCUACUAAGAUUUUUGAGUUCUUGAUGAAAUUUUGGCAUUAGAUGUUGAAUUUAUUCUGAAAAGGAAAAACAUUUAAUAAACUAGUUAAAAGAUUAUUGCAUAAGGUUGCCUAUACACUUGCUGAAUGACUGCAUUACAUGUUGGUUCCCUCAGCUCAUUUUCACCAUCAGUGAAAUAACAUAAAAUCUAGCAAUGGGAGACCUUUUAAUUGGCCUGUUAGGACAGGGUGCUAGAAACGGGAGGGAUAGUUAAUUUGAUGUUUCAAAAACAGAUUAAGGCACUCGUGUUGUUGUGGAA